AUGCCGUCAGUCGCACCAAACUCCUUGAUUUCUGUCAGUGGUUCUCGAAGUUCAUCUGGUGUUCGCCGACGUCAGUCCACUGCUAUUAGCACCUCCGCUUCCCUAGCUGCUGCACUAGCUGUAUCUAAAUCUUAUAGUGGACAACAUAUUUAUCAAUCGUCUAUUCAACGUCUAUCUGAUUUUCAUCAGUCGAACCAACCUGCAGAAAGGAAGCGCCGCCUGCAGACCCGUAUUAGAGAAAUUUAUAGUCGAAUAAAACGCGAACAUCGUGCUAAAAACUGGUCACAAUUACAGCGUCUCCUUUCCACAAACAAGGAGCUGUUGAGCUACCAGUUAGCCUAUGCAAAGGCCGCUAACAUGAACGCUUGCUCUGGGCGGCUCUUGGCUCCGCCUACAUUCAGCAUGGACAUCGAUUCUGUUUCAGAUGCCAAGAUGUCUACCCCAGCGUCCCCCUUUCAGUCUUAUGAUGCUCAGGUCAGCCCGCCCUUGCUUGCAGAGCCUGUUGAGAUACCCCAAUUGUAUAGCCAGAUGGGGAAGUUUGAGGCUAGAAUUGCCGGAAAACUAGCCAGAGUAGGUUUGACAAUUUUACCUCAGGUGAGCCAUGGACAUCUCUACAUUAUUUUUUGA